AUGGCUUCGCAAGAAGAAAAACAAGCUCAAUCUUUUGCAGACAUCUUCGAUGAAGAUGAAGCUGAAAAAUCCUUUCUGUUGUCCAAGCCCACUUGCUUAAUUAUCCUUGGAAAGCCAGGUUCUGGAAAGAAAACAUUAGCUAGAAAACUAGCACAAAUAUGGAAAUGCAUUUUCAUAGAAGCUUUGGAAGUAAUUCAAAUGAAUAUUCAUGAAGAAACAGAAUAUGGUCUUAAGUGUCAAGAAUUGCUUUUUAAAGGUCAAAGUAUUUCUGAAGAACUGGUUACAGAAAUGAUUCUGAAAAGGAUUGAGUCACCGGAAGUUGCUCAUUUUGGUUAUGUUCUCAGUGGAUUUCCUUCUCUCUCAGAGGAAUACUUGACUGUUUCACAGCAAAUAGAGAAAAUAAAGAAUCUAAAGUUAAAACCAGAUUUCGUGAUUAACAUUAAGUAUUCAGAUUAUGACUUAUGCCAAAGAAUAUCAGGACAAAGGCAACACCCUGAUUCGGGGCAGGUAUAUCAUAGGAACCAGUGGGAUCCUAAUGUUAUUGAAAAGCAUAAGAAAGAGAAAGAUCAGUAUGAAGAAGAGAAUGAAGAAGAAGACAAAGAGCAAGAAGAAGAAGAGACUGCAGAAGAUCCGCUUACAAUGUCAGAGUUUUUGGAUCAGUUAGUGCAGAGGCCUGAAGAUAUUCUUGAAAAUGCAGAGGAAAGAAUUGGAAUGUAUAAGGAUAUAAUGCUUCAUCCUUUGGAAGACCUGAUGGCUGAACAGGAUUGCCAAUAUCUUAUUGAACUGGAUGGAAAUCAGCAGCCAGAUGAUCUCUUUGUAUCAGUGGUAGUUCGACUUCAAUCUCUGGGUGUUCGAAAUGGAGCUCCUAUAACUAGACUUCAGAGUCAGCAAGAAGAAAUGCUGGAGGGACUGGAAAAUGAUGAACUUUUCCGGGUUCUGUCAUCUUACAAACUAAUAGCACACAGAUAUCGAUGGCGUAGAAGCAGGUGGGGACAAGCAUGUCCUGUGGCUCUAAAGGAAGGUGAUAUUGUAAUGGGAAACCCAGACUUGGCUGUCAGUUUUCUAGGUAAAAUGUAUGUACUGUCAUCCCCAGAGGCACUGAAAACAUUUAUGUUGAAUCCACGGCCCUACCUGUUACCACCAAUGCCACUUCCUCCUUGUAAAGUACUAGUAUUUGGUCCUCCAUUCUCUGGAAGAACAACUAUUUGUAACCUAAUUGCACACAAAUAUAAAGGAAAGGUUCUUGAUAUGGCCAAACUCAUUCAACCCCAUAUGGAAGAGUCAAGAGAAGAAAACAUUGCGCAAGUGCAAAGGGACGCAGUAGAAAAAGCUGUAACAGCAGUGAAAAAUAGGCUGGAAUUAGAAGAACAGUCACAAAAACCAGGAGACUUGCAAGAACAUAGUAAUGUCAAAAAAGCAGAUGAUUCUGAAGAAAUCACUAAAAUCAGAGAGGGAAAAAACUUGGAAGAGGGGACUGCUAUAAAAUCUGCCAUCAUCCAAAAAAGAAUGUCAGAGAUAACUGCUGACCACCCAGAAGUUCAAGCGAUGGUAGAAGAAGCCAUAAAAAGCGCAUCAGUCUCCGAAGUUACACUGUCACCUGAAGUAUAUGCUGAAGUUCUGGAGAGAGCUAUUGCAGAGCUUAUGAAGAAGAAUAAAGGCAGGUUUCCUGGUGCUCCAGAAAAAGGAGGAUGGGUAGUGGAUAAUUACCCUCUGUCAGUAGAUCACUGGUCAGCUUUAUCAGAAAAAGGACUUUUACCUGACACUGUUGUCUGUCUGAAGGAUACAGAAAAAGAUGGAGUCUGUAUACUACGCAGAACAUACUUAGCAAAUAGAGAUGAAAUUAAUGCUAAGAUUUUGAAAAGACUAACAGAAGAAGCAUUACAAAAGAAAGAAGAAGAAGAAGAAGCAAGAAGCGAAAUGCAAGAAAUACUGACAUCAGAGGAAGAUCAAUCUCUAGAGGCUGCUGAGGAGACAGAAUUUGAGGACACUGAUGACCAGUUUCCACCUGAAACUGAACAAAUGCCCCAGAAACAGUCCAGUGACUCUGCAGGUUAUAAAGAAGAAACUAAACCUACAGAAAUCAUACUACCUGAGUUUGCAGAGGAUGAUUUUCCAGAUAUGCCAGAAAUGGAAAUAAUUAAAAAGAAGAUUGACCUUUUCAUGCAUGACUGGCAAACAGUGGAGUCAGAAAUCAAGCAGUCAUCUCUAGUUCAAGUUGUUGUUUUAGAGAUUGCUGAGCAAACUCCAGAAAGUCUGCUUAAUCAAACUGUGCUGGUUAUGGAAAAACCUUUUAAAUAUCAUGGUUGGGAAUUAUCUGCUGAAGACUUAGAUGAGGAAGCAGAAGAUCUGGCUGCUGAAGGUGAAGAUGAAGAAGAAGUUGAAGAGGAGGAGAAUGAAGAUGAAGAAGAUGAAGAAAAAACUAAGGAAAAGAAAAGGCAUAUGGGAGACACAAAACACUUUUGUCCAGUCAGUCUGAAAGAGAACUUUGUCCUUUACCCAGGACUCUACGAACAUGCAGCUAAAUAUCAGGAAAAGAUUUAUUACUUUUCAACUUCUGAGUACAGAGAUAAAUUUUUGAAGAACCCUGAGGAUUAUGUGGCUCACAAUGAACCAAUACAAGCUCCUCCUUUACGGGUGUGCUUACUUGGGACUCAUGGAGCAGGUAAAACUACUUGUGCACGACAGAUAGCAGACAAAUUAGGCAUUUUCCAUAUUCAGUUUGAAGAAUAUCUACAGGAAUUGAUCUUACCCAAAACUAAAGAGAAAGUUGGGCCCGAUUUUGAUGAAGAACCUCAGGAAGAUGACAAUAAAAUGCCAAUUCUAUCACAAGAGCUAGACGACUUCUUUCAGACUAAAACUGAGGUUGAAAAAAGCAAACAGGAAGUGGAGUUAACUGAUGAGGAAGGAGCAAUCAAAGCAAAUCUAAUGGAUGAUGAGGCACUGCCUCCAGAAGUCCUUGAUAACAUUGUUCUUGACUGGUGGAGGAAAGAGCCAUUCCGGUCCACGGGAUUUAUACUGGAUGGUUUCCCUCGUACUUUAGAUGAAGCCCAGUAUUUGUCAGAACGAGGACUCUGUCCUGAUGUUGCAGUUUAUAUUCAAGUAGAAAAAAGUGACAUUCUUGACCGUCUUUUUCCUCCACGUCUGAAAAAAUGGAAAGACAGACAGUAUAAAAAAAUGGAAAAUAAAAAGAAACUGAAAGACCUGAAAGCAAAAAUAAGGGAUGAGAGGAUUGCUAGAAGAAGGGAAGAACUUUUGGCAGAAAAAAACCAAAAGAAACAGGAGGCUUUAGCAAAUAAGGAGCAUUAUGAAGCCACUGAGGAGGAAGAUGAGAAUGAAAAUGAAGAUGUUGAAGCUAUACUUGAAGAAGAGUUUUUAGAAGAAGAAGAAGAAGAGGCUGAAGAAGAACAGGAGAUUGAUGCUAUUGAACGCAUACAAAAUGAAAUUGCAGAAAAGUUUGAUUCAGAAAUAGAUGGUUUACAAGGUGUACAGGAAGAACUUGAAAAGUUGUUAAUACCACAAAUCAAGAUCAAUGGAGGACGGAAACCUCACAUUGUACGCUACCAAAUAUAUAGCAAGCUGAAUUCUCUAAUGGAAAAUCGUGGAAGCAUUUUUGAGAAAUGUUACCCGAUAAGUUUGCCACUUGCACAUAAGAUGUUAGUUUACUCAUAUAAAUUUCCAAGUUCUUUUGGUCAGUGGGAUCCAAUCAAGCUAAGUGAAGGAGAUGUACUCAAGCCACAACAAAGCCAUGAAAACACUGUCUUUCCUGUAAUCCAUCGACAAUAUAUCUAUUAUUUUUCAAGUAAAGAAAAUAAAGAAACAUUUAUGAAAAAUCCCAUCAAAUAUAUUCGUCAGCCAAAACCUAAACCAGCUGUGCCAGUUAAGAUAGCAAUCGUGGGACCUCCAAAAUCUGGAAAGACUACAGUUGCCAAGAAAUUUGCAAGUGUCUAUGGGUUACUGCGCCUGAGUAUGGGAGAUGCCAUACGGCUAGUGCUAAACAAUCAGCCAGAGAGUGAGUUGGCAUAUAUGUUAAAGUGGCAUCUUCACAAAGGACUGAUCAUACCUGAUGAACUGGCCGUCCAGGCUCUAGAUGUGGCGCUCAUGAAUCACGUGUGUAACACCACCGGAGUUGUAAUUGAUGGAUAUCCUGUAACAAAAAAACAAGUAAACCUCUUGGAAUCAGCUAGGAUAAUUCCAGUGAAAAUCUUUGAAUUAGAACUGGAUGCAAAGGAAGUGUUCAGAAGAGCACUGUUGGAUAAGGAAAGCACGAAUAGACUUCCCUACCCUGAACAUGACAGCUCACAGAUUCUAGCUAUUAAAAAUUCCUGCUAUAAACAGCACAUCGAUGCAAUUAGGACUUACUAUAAGAAGGAGCAUCAGAACUGGUGUGUAAUUGAUGCCUUUCAGAGCAAGUGGUGGAUCUGGAACAAAGUACUGCAGGAAGUUCAAGUGGUUGUUAAAGAAAUACAGAUAUACCUGGAAAGAAUAAGAGAAGGAAAAGCAGCCAGCAUUGCUGAUUUAUGCAUCACUCCCGAAGAGCUGCAGUAUCGGCUGGGGGAGUUUGGACAGUACUGUCCCGUCAGCCUUGCAGAAAAGGGUGAAUUGGUUGACUGCUCUGUAACGUCAUCAUUGCAGUUUGCUGCAGAAUUUCGAGGACACUAUUACAAAAUGGCUUCACAAGAAAAACUGGAUAAAUUCUUGAGCAGACCAGAGGUUUAUGUGCCACCACUGGCACCUCACCCUCUCCCACCCCCCGAUAUGCUACCAAAGAAACUGACUGCGGCAGAAGUGAAGGCCUUAUUCCCUACAAGUGCUGAAAUGCAGGGAUACUGCCCAGUCACCUACCUAGAUGGAAAGCAGAGAUAUGAAGCUUUGGUGCCUGGCAACAUUGAGUAUGCAGCAAAGUAUCAAGAAAAGGUAUAUACUUUUGAAAGUGAAGAAAAACUGCUGAAGUUCAUGAGGUUACCAGGGAAGUACUGGAAUCUGAAGCUUCCACAUAAACUCCCUCCAAUAAAGGAGCCAAUACUACUCACUGCACUUCCUUUGGCUGGAUACCUUGAACAGGGAGUAGCAACUUCUCUGAUAAAAGCUCUGAGUGAAGUAGGCUGCUUAAAGCCAAAGUUUCCAUUCCUAAGUGUAAAAGCAACUGCUCUGCUGUUUGUCGCCUGCCAUUUAAAAGCGCACAACCCGCGGAGCCCGGAGCCGGCGCGGCAGGCGUACCAGAGGCAGCUGGGGCGCCAAAACAGUAACGAUGUCACCUCGUGA